CCGUUAUCAGUCGCCAUAUCAACACACACAGCAGCGCCAGCAAUGGCAUCUUUUGGCUCUGGCAGAGGGGCGAGCCAGACGCGCAAAGUGCCCACCAUGCGCCCAGGACUCGGUCGCCCGGGCGUAAACCGAGCUGCGACAGCGACACCCAUCAUGAACGGCCGGAUAUCGCCAGCAGAGAGUAUCGCGUCGUCGCGGAAUAGGACUCCCAAACGGAAAGCGCCUGCUGGACCGGAACCCGAGUCUGGAGAAGAGACGAACAUCAAUGUGGUGGUACGGUGUCGAGGGAGGAAUGACAGGGAAGUCAAGGAGAACAGCGGCGUCGUGGUAUCAACCGAUGGCAUCAAGGGCAAGAAGGUGGAAUUGUCGAUGGGACCAAGCGCGUUGAGCAAUAAGGCAUAUCAGUUUGACAAGGUGUUUUCGCCCGCCUCUGACCAGGGCAUGGUGUUUGAGGAAGUGGUGGCUCCCAUUCUGGACGAAGUGCUCAAUGGCUUCAACUGCACAAUUUUCGCAUAUGGACAGACAGGCACGGGCAAAACAUAUACCAUGUCGGGCGACAUCAGCGACACCCUUCCCAUACCUGAAGCAGCCGGUAUCAUCCCACGAGUACUGCAUACAUUGUUCGCGAAACUGGGCGACGAAUCGGAGAAGAUUGAGCAUAGCGUGAAAUGCUCAUUCAUUGAACUAUAUAAUGAGGAAUUGCGCGAUCUGCUUGCAGCCGACGAUCACACAAAGCUGAAGAUAUUCGAUGAAGCCAACAAGAAUGGGAGGACUACAACCAUGGUACAGGGCAUGGAGGAGACACACAUCAAGACUGCCUCGAAAGGCAUUAAAUUGCUGCGAGAUGGUAGCCACAAGAGACAAGUCGCAGCAACAAAGUGCAACGAUCUGUCGUCGCGUUCUCACACCGUCUUUACAAUUACAGUAUACCAGAAGCGCACGUCCGAUACUGGAGAAGACUUCGUGUGCUCUGGAAAGCUGAAUCUGGUGGACUUGGCUGGAUCCGAAAACAUUCAGCGUUCUGGUGCAGAAAACAAACGUGCAGCCGAGGCUGGCUUGAUCAACAAAUCUCUGCUCACAUUGGGGCGUGUCAUCAACGCGCUGGUCGACAAGAGCAGCCAUAUUCCAUAUCGAGAGUCGAAGCUCACGCGUCUACUACAAGACUCUCUCGGUGGCAAGACCAAGACCUGCAUCAUUGCGACCUUGUCCCCAGCAAAGAGCAAUCUUGAGGAGACGAUCAGUACUCUGGACUAUGCUUUCCGCGCAAAGAAUAUUCGCAACAAACCACAAGUCAACCAAAUGAUGUCAAAGAAGACGCUGCUUAGGGAGUGGACUUCUGAGAUCGAGAAGCUCAAGUCGGAGCUCAUAGCCACAAGACAGCGAAACGGUGUCUACCUCACCGCCGAAGCGUACGAAGACAUUACAGCCGAGUCAGAGUCGCGGAGAAUUUUGAGCGAAGAGCAACGCGACAAAAUCGAGACUAUGGAAGUAAAUCUGCGCAAUAAAGUUAACGAGCUAUUUCUACUUACCAGUAACUUCCAAACCUUGAAGAAGAGCAAUGAGGAGACCAAGACGAUCCUGGACAGCACGAAGGGCGUGCUCGCUAAGACUGAGCUUGUACUGGAGCACACAAAGACCGUUCUGGCUGAAGAAGAGAUGCUCCGAAAAGCCCAUGAAGAGACCGAGGAGAGACUGGCUGAGGUUGGGGGAGAUCUUUUGGGAACACUGGAAACGACCACGACCCAUGUCGAUAAGCUGCACUCGAAACUUCGAAGACGGUCUGAUCUCCAGGAUGUGAAUCGAACCCGAUGGGCAGACUCUCAAGGCCAGGUAUCGACUGCAACGAUGGGCGUCGAAGAGCGCAUCGAGGUAGUUCGUGCGCAGCAAGAGUGUCUGAUCGCUGCAUUAUCUGGCCGCAUGCAGUCGUUCGUAUCUGACGAAAUGCAAGAGCUGAAAUCGUCAAAGGAGUUCUUGCAACAGAAGGCGGCUGCUUUUGAGGCGUCACAAGCAGAAGUGGACGCCCAGACAAGCAAGUCGCGAGAUGACAUGAACGAAGUGUUGCACGAAAUUGGCACACUUCGUGAGGACGUGAAAGACAAGGUCGGUGCCGGGCUGAACGACAUGUCCUCUGCUGCACAACGCAUUAGUGAAGGCAUCGCUACCGAACUCGACGCCUUCCAUGGCCAAUUGCAAGACUCUUAUGUGACACUUGGACGAGACUUCAAGACGUUGUUUGACGACCUCAUCCGUCGCAUGAACGAACAGCAGGCAGAAGCUCAACGUUUACGUCAAGAAAUACUAGAGGCGAAUGCAAGUUUUGUCGAGGCCAGUCAUUCGUCGCAAGAUCAUCUCAGGCAAGCUGUAGAAAAAGAGCGCGAGGUUGCGGCUAAAGAGCGCGAGACUUUGCUGACGCAAAUUGGAUCGCUGAUCAACAACUCUGCCGCAGCACAAGAGUCGCGAAUGGCUGGGUACCUUGAGAGUGCUAACAAGCGCAUCAAGACAUCCGCCGACGAGUAUGCCGUCGUGCAGCAGACUUAUGGCAAUGGCAUGGAUUCUUGGAGCAGGAGUGGCCAGGAGCUGAUCGAUUCAUCUGUCCAAGCCCGAGAGACAAUUAAGACCAAGCUCAAGACGGAUUGGACCAAUGCCAACGAGAAUACGAUCAAGAUCACCGAGACCACGAAAGCAGUCCAUGGCGAGACUGUUCGGAUCGUGAAUGGACAAAUGGCUCAAAUGGACAAUCAGCUUGUUGCUUUGGACGAAAUUGUGUCAAGAGUUCGUGCUCAGAAUGAGGAGCACCACGAUGCCCACACAGCCAGCCUGGGACAGCUUGCAAGCAACGUCCAAGAAAGCUAUCGCAACAUCGGCGAGCACUUCGAGACCUCCUACAAUCGAACUCAAGCACUCGAUAUCGAUAUGCAGGAUCGCGCUGAAGUUCUCGUUCAGACACUUCCUGCCCUGGCUGAAGAGGGAGAAGUGCGACAAGCGCUGCGCAGUCUUCGCGAGGAGAACAGCUCUGCUCAGCUGGCAGAGUACUCAAUCACUGGCGAGACUCCUGCUCGGAUGCAGUACAUGUACCCAACUACUCUCCCUCGCACAGAGAGCCACGAAACUCUGCUCAACCGAAUGCGCGGCAUAGUGCCUCGAGAUCCUCUCGCUUCGCCCCCGAAGUCGCCUAACAAGCGCUUUUCGCCAUCGAAGAUGAGGAACAGUCCUUCGAAGAGCAGUCCAAGCAAGCCCCAAGCCAGCCCAACAAAGAUGACCAACGUCUUCACCGAUACUCCGCCGGUCCUUACAGCUCCUGCCUCGGCAUCUACUUCUCGACCUCAGACUGCAAGUUCGCUAAGUAGUGUGGCAAGUCUUCGAGAGCUAGAUGCUAAUGCACUGGCAAACACAGGAUCAGCAACAGCAACUUUCACCAUUAGCGAAGAGGGUGCUGAUGAGGAGGAAAACAUCGUUGGGGAUGCUUGCAAGGUCCCCGAGCCAAGACUGAAGAGACACAAGACUGACAGUAUUGUGCAUCAACAGACCGAUAGCAAGUUGCCGACCAAGCGUAGUGCGCGGAUGACAGUGGCUGGAGGGGCGUUAGGGGUUGCGGAGAAGGAGAAAGAGAAUUUCAACCUGAGCGCCAGCGUUGGCCCAAUUGGGAGGCGACUAAGGAGCCGUGGGAGCGAUUAAGUAUGUGAUCAGCUGUACAGUGAAGAUGUGCUGUUGUACAGAAUGGCAGCGUAGUAUUUAAUGUUAUCAGCGGAGAAGUGUCUCGCGGCACUGGACAUUAGCUGCCGUAGGAAUUGCAGCAGAGAUGGUA